AAAUAGUAUCUAUUUAUUUAGGAAUUUCGACGUUUUCCUCUUGCUGUUUAGCAAUAUAGCAAAUAGUUUUGCAUUCAAAAUUAAGAAAUAUUUUGCAAUUAUAUAAACACCUACCUCCCUUUUUUUAAAUUAGAAUAAUGGCAUCUGUUCACAAAAUAAUCGUCAUUGUUGGUUUUAUAUCGUUGUUUCAUUCAGCGUUCUCAGCAGCACAACAUCGUUCAUAUCUGCGAAUUUCUUCACAAGAAUUCACAACAUUACCCCUUGAUAUAAUAAUCCAGGCAGUUUCAAGCUUAUUUGCAGUGAUGUGGGGAGUUCUUAAUGUAUCUGGCAAACUUCGUGAAAUCCCAGCAGCAGCAGAACUGAACACUGUUAAGUGGGAGACUCAACGCAAUCUUCCAUCAUUCUACAUCUUUAAUCAUAGAGGAAGAGCAUUAGCCGAUGACUUUGUUCCAACACCAAGUAAAGGGGAGUUGGAAAACUUAGAAUGAUAAUAGUACUAAGAAAAUAUUGAGAAAAAUAUAUUAAUUUAUUUA